GGAGCCGCCCGGCCCCCGCCCUGACUGGCCCAGCCGCGUGGAGCGCCGGGGAGGAGGAGACGGAGCCGACCUGCGGCGAUGGAGGCGGCCGGCACCUGGGCGCUGCUGCUCCUGCUGCUGCUGCUGCUGCUGACGCGGGCGCUGCCCGGGAUCCGGGCCCGCGGCCACCUGCCCCCCGGGCCCGCGCCGCUGCCGCUGCUGGGGAGCCUCCUGCAGCUGCGGCCCGGGGCGUUUUACUCGGGGUUCGUGCGGCUGAGCAAGCAGUAUGGACCAGUGUUCACCGUGUACCUGGGCCCCUGGCGGCGCGUAGUGGUCCUGGUUGGGCACGAGGCUGUGCAGGAGGCCCUGGGAGGCCAGGCUGAGGACUUCAGUGGGCGAGGAACACUGGCGACGCUGGACGGGACUUUUGACGGCCAUGGGGUCUUUUUCUCCAACGGGGAGCCGUGGAGGCGGCUGAGGAAGUUCACCAUGCUCGCUCUGCGGGACCUGGGCAUGGGGAAGCGGGCAGGCGAGGAGCAGAUCCAGGCGGAGGCCCAGCAUCUGGUGCAGGCGUUCCAGGGGACAAACGGACAACCAUUCGAUCCCUCCCUGCUGCUGGCCCAGGCCACCUCCAACGUCGCCUGCUCCCUUGUCUUUGGCCUCCGCUUCCCCUACGAGGAUGAGGAGUUCCAGGCCGUGGUCCGGGCAGCUGGCGGUACCCUGCUGGGGGUCAGCUCCCCAUGGGGCCAGACCUACGAGAUGUUCUCCUGGCUGCUGCACCCCCUGCCGGGCCCCCACAGGCAGCUCUUCCGCCAUCUGGGCACGCUGGCUGCCUUCGCCGUCCGCCAGGUGCAGCGGCACCAGGGGAGCCUGGACGCCUCGUGCCCGGCACGCGACCUGGUUGAUGCCUUCCUGCUGAAGAUGGCGCAGGAGGAACAAGACCCAAACACGGAAUUCACAGAGAAGAACUUGCUGAUGACGGUCACUUACCUGCUAUUCGCCGGGACGAUGACGGUCAGCGCCACGAUCUGCUACACCCUCCUGCUCCUGGUGAAAUAUCCUCAGGUCCAAAAGCGUGUGCGUGAGGAGCUGACGCGGGAGCUGGGGGCUGGCCGGGCGCCAGGCCUGGGGGACCGUACCCGCCUCCCUUACACCGACGCGGUUCUGCACGAGGCGCAGCGCCUCCUGGCCCUGGUGCCCAUGGGAAUACCCCGUGCCCUCACUCGGACCACCUGCUUCCGGGGCUACACCCUGCCUCAGAUACCCCAACGCCACCUCCUUCCAAGGCGGUUGGGACAGUCAGAUGAGGUGACACGCGCAGCGAAGCAGUUUGAGAACUAACAGAGGCCCUCCUCGCCCUUAGCCCCUGCUGCAGACACACGCAGACACACACGUUCGCCUGGUCACAAACACACAGACUUUCAGUCCCUGCCUCUUCAUUGCAGAGCAGCUCAGACCCAGAACCGCCAGGGGGCGAUGUUUCCCUAGAAACCCCAGAGCUCAGUGCCAGCGGCCCCCUGCCCCGCUUCACUGCAAAAGCAAAGCCAAGGACAGUUAGGAUCCAGUCCUGCUGUUUCCUAACUGGGGCCUUGGGCAAAUCCCUCGCCCUCUAAACCUCAAUAUACACCUCUUCUAAAUUGGCAAUAAUAAUAGUAUCAACUUGGAACUGUGAUAUAACGCUUGCAAAAUACCAACUCAGCGCCUGGUGGAGGGGGAGUUCUACGCACAUGGCAGCUGCAAUAUGAAGAUAGCGAUGACAGCAGUGAUCAGUACCCGAGAACUUGCUCUGUGCCGGGUGUUAUUCUGAAUGCUUCACGUAUCAUCUUAUUCAGUCUUCAGAGCAACCUUAUAUGAUUAUCAUGCCCAUGUUACAGAUGAAGAAACUGAGAGUUUGAAAGGUUAAAAGACUUGCCAGGAUGACCCAGCCUGCAAGCAGUGGAGGCAGGAUUUAGACCGAGAACCUAUGCUUUAACCACUACCCUCUGCCUUUCUCUUAUUUUAACAGCAAUAACAUGACCCUGUCUUUUUUCCUGGAAUCUCCCCUCAACCUUCCCAACUCAGACCCCCAGUAGCAGAGUCCCUGGCAAAAUAGGUCUUACCCCCUGUCCUUGCCUGACGCUCCCCACCUGCCUUCAUCCUACACCCCACAGUCCCCAGGAGCAUGGAAGCUCUGAUCUUGGCAAGGGGGCUGCCACUGGCCCUGAACCUGGGCAGGUGGAGCCUUCUUAGACAGCUCUCACCCCUAUCCUCGCCUUGUAUCUCUGAAAGACCAUAGCCCCAGACAGCUAGACUCUCAGACGUUCAGCGACAAGGUGGCUUAGGACAGCUGAACCACCUCAUACCAACCCCCAAAGUUUCAAAAGAAAAUAUAAAAAAAAACAAGCUCUGCCAUGUCCAAAUGGUUACCUUGGGCAAGUUGCUGAAGUUCCCUGGACCUCAGUUUCCCCAUGUUUAAAAAGGGGGUAAUAUCCAUACCUGCCUCCUAGGCUUGCUCAGGUGACUCAGAGAGUUUGUGUCUGUGUGUUUUGUGUGUGUGUGCAAUGCGUGUAUCUGUUACAUAUGAGAUAAUAACAAAGUGCCUGGCCCAUCAUAAGCACUCAACAAAUGUAGAUGUCAUUACGUUUUUGUGAACUGGUGGCCCUGGCACUCUAGGCUUGUGUCCUACACUCGGAAGCGGACGGCCUGGGGUGGUGGGAGGUUUGCACGUUGAUUGCGAU